CCGUCACUUCCGGGUCUAGUCGGACAGGGUUGUGGAGAAAUUAACUGGUUGUCAUGAUAUUUAGCUAGCCAAUCUACAAAUGACAGACAAAUAUCAAAUUAUACAGAGUACACUACCCAUGUCAGGGCUCAAGAAGGAUUGUCGAGGUAUUGUGCAGCUCUUUUUUGAUAGACAGGAAUAUUUUAUCUUGUCCGCAAACCCAUCGUGAAUAGCCUGCUGAGUGACCUGACCAGGUGGUGUUGGCACCUUUAUGUGCCAUCUGAUUCCAAGUCCCUGAGGAACCUUAAUACAGAAGAUGAACGGCCUGUCCAUUAGAGAGCUAUGCUGCCUGUUCUGCUGCCCUCCUUGCCCCAGCCGCAUCGCAGCCAAGCUGGCCUUCCUCCCUCCAGAGCCUACCUACGCAAUGCUGCCAGACCCAGAGGCUACAGCUGCGGCAGCAGCCGGGACCACGCCUGGGGGUGCACCCCCCUCUCUGGGGGCUCCGGGCCUGCGCUCCCGGCUGGGUGGUGGUGGGGGGGACAGAGGAGGCGGGGGUGGGGGAGGAGAGGGCAGGUGGAAGCUCCACCUGACAGAGAGGGCAGAGUUCCAGUACACCCAGAGAGAGCUGGACAUGACGGACGUGUUCCUGACCAGGUCCAGCCGGGGGAACAGGGUGGGCUGCAUGUACAUCCGCUGUGCCCCCAAUGCCAGGUUCACAGUGCUGUUCUCCCAUGGUAAUGCAGUAGACUUGGGUCAGAUGAGUAGCUUCUACAUUGGCCUGGGCACGCGUAUCAACUGUAACAUCUUCUCCUACGACUACUCUGGCUAUGGUGUCAGCACCGGCAAACCCUCAGAGAAGAACCUCUACGCUGACAUAGAUGCAGCCUGGCACGCCCUACGCUCCCGGUAUGGCAUCAGCCCAGAGAACAUCAUCCUGUAUGGGCAGAGUAUUGGCACGGUACCCACGGUGGACCUGGCGUCCAGGUUUGAGUGUGCUGCUGUGGUGCUCCACUCCCCUCUCACCUCUGGCAUGAGGGUGGCCUUCCCCGACACCAAGAAGACCUACUGCUUUGAUGCCUUCCCCAACAUAGAGAAGGUGUCUAAGAUCCCAUCCCCGGUGCUGAUCAUCCACGGGACGGAGGACGAGGUGAUAGACUUCUCCCACGGCCUGGCUCUGUUUGAGCGCUGUCCCAAGGCCGUGGAGCCGCUUUGGGUGGAGGGGGCGGGGCACAACGACAUAGAACUCUACAGCCAAUACCUGGAGAGACUACGACGCUUCAUCAACCAAGACCUGGCCGCAGCACACGCCUGAGAGAGGAGGAGAGGGUGUGUGUUUGGCUCUGUGUGUCUGUGCGAGUGUGUCUGCAAGGAGCUGUACAAAGUCAUCAACCUACAGUACCUGAAGAGGAGCAUCCAGGAUGCUGUAAAUCUGUGAGUGCGUUGAGGGUAUGUGUGUUGACUCAUGGAAAUGAAUGACCUCUUGAGAUGGACACACCUGUCAGACUUUGGAUGUGUGUUCCUUGAGACUUCCUUAGGCAGAGUGUGUGUGUGCACCUGCAAACUGUCUAAUCUGUGUACAUACAGGUAACUGCC